AUGAAUAACGGCAUGACUACACGCAUCAUCGCCGCCUUCCUGCUAAUUGCCGUCCUGUCCGCUGUAGCAAUGAGAGGUAGGCUCACAGAACGAAAACUUCAUUGAAUGCGAUCAUUUCAGCGAAAACCGACAAUUGCAAAUCGGAAAAACUGCGGGAAUUGGUGCUAGAGACUGUCGGAAUGUACCCCCAUCAGUACAGCUAUCAGGCAAAGUAAGUAAACGGCAGACUUCCUUGUUUGGAAUCACCUGCUGCAUUCCGAAGAUUGCUUGAGAAAUGCGUUUGGCUUUCAGAUAUCUGAAGCAGCAAGCGGAGGAACGAUUCGGAUUCUGGUGGAGUGCUGUUAUUGUGAGCGAGCGGGGCGGAUACGGAAUGAGCGCCGUCUACGAUCAGUACAAGAACACGAGCUGCGAGAUGAUGCUCUUCGACACGUACUACUGGAUCGGAAGGACCUGCUGA